AUGUCAGAUUAAAUUCCAGAUUAUAGAGACUACGAUGAUGAGUAUGAAAGGUACAUAGAAAAAGUUGUUCCUGGACCCUUCCUUCAUGAUAUCACUAUGGCAGAGGCUAAGGAGUAUAUCUAUAAUGAUGUAAUUACUCGCAAACUUAUCGAGUACACUCUCCAAUACAUCAAGUCCCAAGUCAGAAGAAAUGUUACUGUUGAAAUCAACUACAUCACUGACAUGAAACAAGUCGAUGCUAUUCAUUAAACAACUGCCAACUAUUCAAUGGCUGUAAUUGCUAUCAAGGAUCCCCUCUAUGCAUUCCUUUGGGAUACUGUAGGCUAAGAAGUCCUCCUGAUCGACACGAAUAUGCAAAUAGAAAAAGCUUUUAUUAAUCAGAAAAUUAUUAGAAUUGAAUCAAUUACAAAAGACUUCAUCUCAAUCUUGGCUGGUAUCUUUAUUAGAGCUAUCAAUCAUGCUAAUUUUAAACUAAAUUUCAUUGAAUGUUAAAGGUAAGCUUUGAUGAAAUGGGUCCUGCUCAAAUAAUACAGAAAUCAGUAAAUGAAACAAAAUGGAGAGUCCUUCUCAAGAAUACUUGAUGAUCAACUCUUGCAGGAAGUCAAUCAAUCAAGAAAGUACGAUUAAAAGUCGAAUUCUCAGAAAAUGUCCUAGAGGGAACAGAAUCCAAAAUUGGAUAAUGUUUCAUUUUAAAAAUCCAAUUCACAACUGAGUUCAUUCAAUCUUUAAUCAAAAUAAUUUUAAUAAUCUCAAAGGUCAGGAUAGAAUCAAAUAUCUCAAUCUCAUGUUUCAUUACCUUCUACUAGUAGAGUGGAUACUAUGAAAAAUCAAAUUUCAGUGAAAGAAUUUGUUUAAGGAAUGGAGACUGUGAAAAACUAAUUAUUGUCUGACAUUCCCCAACCUGACGAACUUAAACCCAGAGAUUAUAAUCUCAAACCUGUAAUACCCUUCUUCCCACCAGAAAAAGUGUUCCAUCUUAGAUAACAGGAUUUAGAAGAACUCCUCAAAGAACAAGUUAAAAAUAAAAAGAUUUAGGAACCAAACCCUGCUGAUUAAUUAUAGUAAUUAUUAAUCUAUUACUAACAACACAAUCCAGAAUAAUAUAAAAUACUAUUGAAUUAAUACUAAGACUUCAUUCAUGAGAGAAUGUUUGAAGGCAUGGGUUUACCUUCAUCAACUAAAUCCUAAAUGCAAGUCCAACCCUAAUUUCAAUAAUAGUAAAUGCGAUAAUCGAUUCAAAUUCCCAAGUCCAAAUCAAUGCUCUUCCCUAAACCACCCCAGAUGCAAACUUAACUCUAUUAAGAGGAAAUCAUUGCUCUCAAAUACAAUAGGAAAAUCAAUAGAUAAGAAUUCGAGUUGCUCAAGUAAAAGUUGGUUCUGUCUCAAAACAUUAUGGAAUUCUAUUUCAGUCAUUUGUAGGAGGAGUUCAAGAGAGUAUUCAUCUUUCCAAUUGAAUUCUAUAAUGUGCUCAGUCAAAAUCCAGAGAAAGCCAAAAGCUUUACGGAUCAAUUUUAAGGGAGAAAUAGAACUAUAUUUGAUCUAUUCGAUAAAGUGUUUGUACCUGUGAAGAUUAGUUAAUACGAGUACGUUGGUGUGUAUAUUGACUUUUAGAACAAAACAAUGUUCUAUAUUAAUACCCUUGAGAGACGAGACAGGAAGGGGCCACCAUAUAAGGAAUUGAUAGAUUAGCCAGUUGUGCAUUUCGUUAUUAAAUUCAUGGAGAAUGAGUACAAUUUAAAAGUGAUGAGAGCAUUCAACAUAUUAAAUUGGAAAUUUGUAGAAUUCAAGAACGAUUAUGCUUAACACUUUAACUAUAGCGGAUUGGUAUUGGCUUACGUGAUUGACUCAAUAUGCAAUCAUAAGAGUGCUGUUGGUGACAACCAAAUAUUGUAGGAAUUUAAAUAGAAGAUAUUGGAUGCAAUAAGGAAAGCAGGGAGCAAGAAAUGA